UUAGCCCCCUCCCCUUUCUGCAUGUAUUCUGGGAUGUCAGCAGCAUCUUGUCGUAAGCUUGCUGUAAAAAGAAGGAACUACAUUGGUCCACAACCCAGGGCACCCUGUGCAGACCUACAGAAUGUCAAGCUCACUGGUAGUAUGUGAGGUGGACCCAAGCCUACAAGAAAAACUGAAGAUGUUUCGUUUUCGGAAAGAGACCAACAAUGCUGCCAUUCUGAUGAAAAUUGAUAUGGAGAAACAACUGGUGAUCUUAGAAGAGGAGUAUGAAGACAUCUCACUGGAUGACCUGAGAGAGGAGCUUCCAGAGCGGCAGCCCAGAUAUAUAGUCUACAGCUACAAACUGGUUCAUGCAGAUGGACGAGUGUCUUACCCUCUCUGUUUCAUCUUCUCCAGUCCUGUGGGCUGCAAGCCGGAACAGCAGAUGAUGUACGCUGGCAGCAAAAACAGGCUGGUUCAAUCAGCUGAACUCACCAAGGUGUUUGAGAUUCGGAAUGCAGACGACCUGACCGAGGAGUGGUUGAAGGAAAAGCUGUCUUUCUUUCACUGAGACAUACUCUCAGGACCAGCUCUUCCUUACCCACAUAUUGUUCUUCAUUAUGGGAUCACAGGGCUGACCUCAAAUCUACGGAAGACUGCUACUGUAUUUAACGUGAAGAUUGUGAUUAGCUAUGAUAAAGUGUUGUCACUGGUACACUUAAUAAUGCAAAUCUAUUCGAUGUAUUAUAAUAAAGCUUCUUUUAAAAAAAA